UUAGUUUGUUCUUCGCAUCUCACCGUCUUUCUCUCUUUUUCCCAAACUUUCUUCCUUUUUCUCUUUCUACACAUUCCUUAGAAAAUCUUUUUUUGUUUCGGUUCGGAGUUAGGGCUAGGGUUUGGACAUGGGCCAACAGUCUUUGAUCUACAGCUUUGUGGCUCGUGGAACGGUGAUUCUUUCCGAGUACACCGAGUUCACCGGAAAUUUCACCAGCAUCGCCUCGCAAUGCCUCCAGAAACUUCCUGCUACCAAUAACAAGUUUACCUAUAACUGCGAUGGCCAUACUUUUAAUUACCUCGUUGAGAAUGGCUUCACAUACUGUGUUGUGGCUGUUGAAUCUGCUGGCAGACAACUUCCAAUUGCCUUUUUGGAGCGAGUUAAGGAAGAUUUCAACAAGAGAUAUGGUGGAGGGAAAGCUGCCACAGCUGUUGCAAAUAGCCUUAACAGAGAGUUUGGGCCUAAAUUGAAAGAGCACAUGCAGUAUUGUGUGGAUCAUCCUGAAGAGAUCAGCAAACUUGCAAAAGUAAAAGCUCAGGUUUCUGAAGUCAAGGGUGUUAUGAUGGAAAACAUUGAGAAGGUUCUUGACCGUGGUGAGAAGAUUGAGCUGCUAGUGGAUAAAACUGAGAACCUUCGAUCACAGGCGCAAGAUUUCAGGCAACAAGGAACUAAGAUGAGAAGGAAGAUGUGGCUCCAGAAUAUGAAGAUUAAAUUGAUUGUUUUGGGAAUCAUCAUCGCAUUGAUUCUUAUCAUUAUCCUUUCGGUUUGCCAUGGUUUCAAUUGUUGAUCUCUCUAGGAUUUCCCUGGAUACUGCCCUUGCCGCUACGCUGACUUGGUCGUCUUGGUAAACUGGUUCUCCAUCUUUUUGUUCUGACCAUCCUCGUUGCAUAUUUCUCACUUGGGAUCUUUGAUCUUUUAGGUUGUCUUUUCCCUUCUAGUCGUAAGGGAAGGGGAGGAGUUUGUAUUUUGGAUUGAUUGUAUAGGCUAUAUGGUUGAACUCUUUUGAAGUAGAUAAAUUUCGUAUGUUGCUUUAUAUUGAUGUAAUGAAGGAGUACUUAAUUGGAUGUUUGCAGAACAAAUUAUUCCUUAACAAUGUUA